UCUCAGCUUUUAGUCUGUCAUCAGGCGACGGUGAGGAGGACAGAGCGAGCAGCUGGUGCGGACGCUGGCCGGAUGGUUAAAUCUAACCUACAGACGAUUUUGAAUAGUCAUUGUUUUGUUAGAGAAAAAGAGAGAAACUUAACCGAGAUGCCUGUUAUUGAGCAGUCCAGUAAUAAACCUGAAAAUGACAGUAUCUCCAGUCCCAGGAGGUGCUCCCGCUGUUGCAGUAACCCGUGUCCGGGGCCUCUGUGGUGCUCCGAUGCCCCUCUCCCACCCCUAAAGAUCCCAGGUGGGCGAGGGAAUGACCAGCGGGAUCGCAAUCUUUCAGCUAAGCUAUUCUAUUCUGAUGCUCAUUUGUUGGUUCUUGAGGAGCAUCCUCCUGCUAACAGCAGAGUGCGUUUCUUGCUCUUUGAGCCCCGUCGCUCUGAAGGCAAGCAUUGUAUCUGGAGGGCUGCGCUGAAAGGGGGCAACCUUUAUGUGGAAAUCCCACCUGGAGCGUUGCCCGAAGGCAGCAAAGACGGUUUUGCACUUUUGCUGGAAUUUGCAGAAGAGCAGCUGCAGGCUGAUCACGUGUUCAUCUGCUUUCACAAGAACCGUGACGACAGAGCAUCCCUGCUGCGUACAUUCAGUUUCCUGGGCUUUGAGAUUGUGAGACCGGGUCAUCCCCUCGUCCCCUCCCGCCCUGACGCUUUCUUCAUGGCUUACAGCAUCGAGCGAGACUCCUCUGAUGAUGAUUAAAUUUGCAUUGAGCAGUUGAUAAAUGUUUGUUGUUCUUAUUUUAGUUCAUACCCACAUAUCUUUACCAAUUUUGGAAAUGAAUAUCUCAGUUAAUUGUGGUUGAGGUCUCCUGUGAGAGGCUGUUGUUUUACUUAACACGUGCUGUGUUUCAAUGCCAGUUGCACUAUGGUAAAAUGUUAAUACCUAUACCAGAAAUGAAAGUACAUACCCACAUAAUAUCUGGGAAUUUCACCUCACCACUGUAUUGCUCUUUGUAAUGUGUUGACAUCUUGUUCACCCUCCUUAUGAUAAUCUCUACAGUAUAUUUAAGAUAAACUCUGAAAUCUUGCUCAUGUAAGUUGGUAGAUUUUCGUAGUAAUUCUCAGUUGAUUCUCCUGUUAGAUUUUUUUUUUAAAACGUGCAUGAUUUUAAUUUGUUCCACUUGGUAGAAAUCUGCAUGUUGUAACUGUAUUAAAUAAACAUGGUCACCUUAGAUGGUGCCUUCUGUGGA